GCUCGAAAAAACUUUUAAAGGCGAUAUCCUUGUAGAGCUAUUCAAGCUCUAUCGAACGGUGUGUGUUUCAAAAAAAUCUAAAAUCUGCUUGAAGUUUGAAUUACCCGCACCUUACUUUGAAAUAAUAAAUACGUGAGAGACUGAAAUUCGUGUGAAAUGUGAUGUAUAACUUUUUCAUUGUCUUUUAGAUUACCAAGUUAUCCGAUUACAGAUGCAGUUGAUGCUCUUACUGUUGGUACAGUGAACUUUUUACCAGAACGUAUUUCGGAAGCAACAACACCAUACACGUCUGCCACAGAACAAGAACGACAAGAAAUUCUACCACGUCUCAGCAGUAUCUUAGCAGCAAGAUUAGCCAUGACAGAUUUGCCAUUACAAUUUACUAAUGUGACAAUAAACAACGGUCGUGUAACAUUAGGUGUUGAUGGAGAAUUUCAAGUUAAAUUAGGAAUUACGAGUGACAAUUUAUUUACAUCAUGGCAAUUACAUAAAAUCAAUUUAUUCUUACGUGAUCCAGAAGAACCAGAACAAGAUCUUGUACAUCCAUUACAGAUUCAAGCACUAACAAAUUUUGUUCAAAGUUGGCUAUUUGAAUCAGAAAAUCCACUUGUUGAAUUAUAUCGUUAUUUACAUUCGUUUUGUCAAUCAUUACGUUUACAAAUUCUGACUGAACAAGCAUUUCGUAUACGAGACAGAACUGCUACUAAACAAAAUCAUUUAUAUAUAUCUGAAUAUGUAGCAUGCAAAAGUUUGACAAUUGAAUAUUGGAAAGAUUAUGUUCAUAGUAAUAACAUUCAAAAGAAACCACCACCACCACAACAACAACAACAACAACAACAAUCAAAUGUUCAAUCACGAAGUGAUAUUCGAAUGACAAUUAUUUGUAAUGAUGAUGCCAAAUUUCAAAUUAGCCAUUUUCCACCAUUAUCAAUCAAAGAUAGUUUAGCAAUUGAUAAAAUAUUAGAGAAAAAAAUAUUUACAAUGGAAGAAAUUUUAAAUCAAACAAUUUAUGCUCGAUGUGAAAGACGUUUUGAAGAGUUAAAAGAAAUAAUAUUAUCAAUAACAUCGGCUGUUAUUGAAAUUGAUUCAGUAAUUCCUGCCUUAAAAUGUGAAUUAUUACCGAACAGUACAUCAGAAGAAAUUUUAUUUAUUUUAAUUAGUCCAUUAAGUGGUAUUUUCAAAGUUGUCUCCUAUAUGGAAACUCGUUAUUCUCAACAAAUUGAAAAUUCAUUAAAUAGAGAUCAGACAAAUUUAACUGAAUCAAUUAAUUUAUUAAAAAUAUGGCUUAUUCAACAACGUAUUAAGUCAUUAGUCACACAUUUGAAUUGUCGUAUAUAUACACAUUUACCAUCAUUAAAUCCAAAACAUGAAUUAGUUAUACAAUUUACAAAUAAAACUGUUUAUAUUGAAUUAGCUCAUCAUGAAGGCUAUUAUAUUUUAGUAUAUGUAUCAGAUGUUAAUCAAUUGUUAGUACAAUAUUAUUUAUUAAUUGUGGAAAAACGUUCAUUAACUCCUGAUCCAGUUAUGGCACAACAACAACAACAAAUGAUUAUUCAACAAAAUCUAUCAGGAUCAGUAGAUGAACCAGCAAAAUGGAUAUUAGAACCAAUUUUACUAUGUCCACUAGAUCCUACAACAUUCAUACAAGAAGAUACAUUAUCGAUGAAAACAUUUCAAUAUGAUAAACAGAAAGAAACAAUAGAAGAUGAAAAUCCAAUGAAAAGUGCACGAUCAACAUCCAUCAUUUCGUUAAAGUUAUUAUUAAAGCUUGUUAAUUAUUAUGAUGAAAUGUUAACAUUUACAUUCCUUAAAGAUGAACUUCUCCGAAAGAAAGUCAUUUGUAGAGGUAUCACGUAUAGUCCAUGGACAGGUAUUCCUUGUAUAGAUAUUGUCCGUUUAUCUAAUCAAGAAGAUCCAUUAUUGAAUCAAGAAUUACUCGGCUAUAUAUCAGAAUGUUUUUGGCCACGUUUACAGACUUGUACAAUUCGUUUAACAUAUACGUUACGUGACACUAUUAUUAAUUCAAAACAAAAUAUUGAACGAUUCUGGAUUGUACACUUAAAAAUGAAUGAAGAUUAUUUUGAAAAUUCAAAUAUAAAAACACCCUGUAACACGACUGUGAUGUGUACACAUAUAUCAUCGAAAGCCUAUUCAAAAGUUGUUGAUCACAUACGUAAUGAAUUGCGUUCAGCAUUUGAAUUAACUAAUUUAUUUGAAAAUUAUUUCAUGUCAUUACAAGAGUCUAGAUAUCUUCGUUCAAUAUCCGAACUAUCUUAUUUUAAUUUUUUUAAAUGUAUAAUCAAUUAUGGACCCAAUUUUUUAUUUGGAGUUUGCGUAUCUUAUAACAGUAUGUCAAGUCAAAAUGUUCAAGAAAAUAGUAAUACGGGUAGUUUUGAAUUGCGUUUUAUUAAUAAUACAAAUACAUUAUUAUCAAAUACACAUCAAGUAUUGAAUACAAAACUUCUGCCAUAUUUGAAUCAAAAACGUUCCUUUAAAAAACUCAUUCAAGGUGGUACCGCACAAUCCAUAUUAGCAUUUGUACCCUAUACUGACAGAAGAUGGCGUUUAUAUUUUUGGAAUUAUUUUGUAUUAGACAUUCAAAUAUGUGGUGCAAAUCUUAUACUUGUUCGUGAUGGAUACUAUAAUACACAAUUAAACAGUGCAUCAUCCGAUUUUAAUCCCAUACCACAUUUAAAAGAAUUUUUGGCAGAAUAUAUGGAUGAUACCGGUUUAAUAGACGAAUGUGAUCAGAUAACCGAACAGUCUUGUAAUCGUGAUUUCCUCACUGAUGCAGGCAUUUUUUCAGCAUCUUCAUCUACAAUACAUAAACCAUUACUUCCACCCUUCUCAACACCUUCAUCUUCUCAACAGUUGUAUGGAAACAUGACAGGUCUUUCUGCAACUAUGACAUCAUCGAUGAAUCCAUUAACACCUGUUAACAUUAAUCAACAACUUCAACCAGGUUCCCCACCGAUAUCGCUUAUUGCGCCUAGUCCUAAUUUUCAAACAAUUGGUACACUAUCACCACUGAUGAGUGGUAUUGGUCCUCCAUCACCAAUGAGUGGCAGUAUGAAUAUUGCAACACCAUCACCGGCAAAUCUCUACGGUGAAAUACCAUUUUCAAUAUCAAGUCCGGCAUCUCAGCGACAACAUGGGAAUACUUUUCCAGGAUCGUUUAUUGGUCCAUCACCGGGCACACCAGGCAUGACUAUUCCAUCUGUUUCUUCGGCUACUACUAUUACUAUUAACAAUAAUAACGCUUCUAUGCUAGCUCAAGCACGCGAGGAUAUGAACGAUUCUGGUAAACUACCGUUUAUCACAUCCACAUUAAUCAACAGCUAUAACCGUCAUCUUUCACAACCAACAUUUCCAGUUUAUUUAUCUCAGCAAACAUUUUUUAAAAUGCUUCAUACCGCUGAUUCACGACAAUGGUCAAAAUUAGAAUUCUUUCUUGCAUCAUCAACAAUUGUAAAACAAUUUGCACGCGCUGUAGCUGAGCCAUUUGAUCAAAAUAAUAUAACGGUUCGUGCCGUGAAUAAUGAACCAGAUACAUACAGAAUGGAACAUCUAGCACUACAAUUACAGUUUCUAUUUGAUAAAAUAUCUGGUUCAUACAGAAUUAGAUUUUUAUCUAUUGAGCAGUCACAAACUGUAUCUCAACAACAACAUUUAUGGUUAUAUGAUGAAUUACAAAUAUUAGAUGCGUUUUUCAAUGAACGUUUUUUUGGUUUACAUCCAUUACCAAUGGCAAUUGAUUUAUUAUCAUUACAUUCAGCAACAAAUCGUGGAACAGUUGCCGGAACACUACAUAAAUUGUUUACAUUUAUCCAGCCAAAGGUAUUGAAAGAUCUAAUUAAAAUCAUAAGACUUGAAAAGAAUGCCGAUCCUCAACAUUUGUGGCGUGUACGUUGGUGUUUGACUGUUCCAAGUGGUUAUGGUUUCAAUAGCAGUGCCAGUCCAUCAAUAGGUUGUGGAACAAAUCGACAUGUCUACAUCUUUGUGCUUACCCCUCGUACUGAAAUGCAAAUACCGAAUUCUACACCAUAUAUUAUUCCAUUACAAUAUGAUUUACAAGCAAAUUUAACAUCUGUAUGGGAUAGAACUAAAGUUUCGAUGUACGUUGAACAUAAACUUCUUGAUGUUAGCCAAUUAAUCGAAGGAAUUAAACAACCAUUGAGUAUGAAACAUGAAUGUUCGAUUUAUCCAACAGUACUUGAACUCGUCUCUCAUUUUCAACCUUCCCAACCAACAGUUGGUAACUUUUCAACUUAG